AAAAAAACUACGUGUCUAAAUAACAAAUAAAAUGAACAUGAACAUUUUCCUAAUUUUAAGCCUGUCUAUCCUGAAAUUUGGUACAGUAAUAAUGCAGCCAGUAGAUUCCAGUGAAGAUAUUCAAAAUCGUUCAAUCUUAGACGAAACUUCAAAAAACAAUACUGUUUUGAAUUCAGAAAACUUAAAUUCAAAAAUAGAUUCAACUGCAGAGUCUAAUUCGAUUCCAAUUGAAAAUAGUACUACUGCUGAAGAAUGGUCAAUGAAUGCAGUUUCAAAUUCAGAACCCUUAAAUUUAGAAAGAAAUUCAACUACAGAGCCUAAUUUAAUUCCACUUGAAAAUACUACAAUCGCAGGCGAAAACUCAACGAAUGCAGUUUUUAACAUGGAAGACUUUGAUUCAAUAGAAUAUUCAACUACAGACCCUAAUUCAAUUAGACUAGAAAAUGUAACAAUCCCAGAAGGAAAUUCAACGAAUGUACUUUCAAAUUCAGAAGAUUCAGUUACAGAGCCUAAUGUUAUUACACCUGAAAAUAGUAAGAUUCCAGGUGAAAAUCCGACGAAUGCAGUUUUAAACUCAGAAGACUUUAAUUCAACAGAAAAUUCAACUACAGAGCCUGAUUCAAUUCCAUUUGAAAAUAGUUUAAUUACAUGUGCAAAUUCAACGAAUGCAGUUUUAAAAUCAAAGGAUUUGAAUUUAACAGAAAAUUCAUCUGCAGACCCUCAUUCAAUUUCACUUGAAAAUAGUGCAAUCCCAGAAGCCUUAAAUUCAACAGAAAAUUCGACUACAGAGCACAAUUCAAUUCCACCUGAAAAUAUUACAAUUCCAGGUGAAAAUUUAACGAAAGCAGUUUUAAACUCAGAAUACUUUGAUUCAAUAAAAUAUGAAACUACAGAGCCUAAUUCAAUUCCACCUGAAAAUUUUACAAUCCCAGAAGAAAUUUCAACAAAUGCAGUUUUAAAUUCAGAAGAUUCAACUACAGAGCCUAAUUCAAUUCCACUUGACACUGAGGAAGACGGAAGUGUCACAACAUCCGAAAAUGAUUCAGGUAUAAAUGAAAAUUAUUUGAAUAAAAGUGAUCAGCACUCAUAUUCACAUGAAUAUGAAUCAGUCUUAGAGCCAAAUUCAACUGGAACAGAUUUAAAUGAAACUCCUGACAAAAGUGUAGCCGUACGCAAUAGUCCCUCACAGUUAAGCGAUGGGAAAGAGCAGCUAAUAAGAUGUGCAAGAUCUAUUUUAUCUAUACUCUUAACUAUUCUAAUAUAUCGUUUCUUUUUUUAAAAUUAAUAUUUGUAAUUAUUUAAUU